UGUUCAGCUCCGGUGAGACUCUGAUUGAAACAGAUUGUAGCAAUGGCAACUGUCCGAACCGGACGGAAGCAGGAACUUUUGUCGUAUUUGUAAUGUUACAGGGACAUUAUAGACCGCUGAAGAAACUACUUUCUGAUGUGAGAAACAAACGUUACACAAUUUCUCCAAUCCGAAAAUGUCCCAGGGAUGUACAGUUUCUGUGGAAGAAAUCCAGUCUUGGUGGGAAGUCCCCGCCAUAGCCCACUUCUGCUCGCUGUUCAGGACAGCGUUCAACCUUCCAGACUUUGAAAUAGAGGAGCUGGAGAAAGCCCUGUCAGUGCAGGACUUGGACUUCCUUGGGGACCUCAUUGCUUGUCUGCUGCAGGGAUGCUACCAGCGCAAUGACAUCACCCCCCACGCAUUUAGCAGUUACCUGGACGACAUCAUCAGCUACCGGUGGGAACUGGAAGAAGGGAAGCCCAACCCUCUCCGAGAGGACACCUUUGAGAAUCUCCCUCCUCGCACUCAGGUAGAACUGCUGCAUCGACUGUGCGACUACCGUCUGGAUGCUGCUGAUGUCUUUGAUCUGCUUAAGGGACUGGAUGCAGACAGUCUGAGGGUGGAACCACUGGGGCAGGAUGGAAAUGGAGCCCUCUACUGGUACUUUUAUGGCACUCGUAUGUACAAGGAAGAGCCAGUCAAGAGGAAAGCAGAGAAGAUCAGCAGUGAGCUCGCUGAGCUAACAUUACCAGAGAAGAAGAAAAGGGGAAGACCACCAAAGAAGAAAAAACUUGAAGACCCUCAGAUAAGUGAUGUGGAGAGUGAAGCGACGGAAGUGAAAACAGAAGUGAAGAUAGAAAAUGGUCUAGAAGAUGUCCGACCGAGCACAGGUCACAAGCGAGGCACUUGGUCCCUUGUGUGUGAUACAGAGGAACAAUGGGUCAGUCUGGCAGAGAGCAUCAAGGACAAAACCUCCCCACAGGACCGCCACCUCUACCGUGUUAUCAGCCAGAACUUCCUGCCAGAGAUCAGCAGCAUGAUUGAGCACAAGGUGCGGGAGCAGAAACAGAAGCUACUAGAGCCAACCCUGGUUCGCACAUCACAACGAUUGUCUGAAAAACACAUUAGCCAAGAGGAGGACAACCUGGAGGCCAUAGCAGAGGAGGGGAAGAAGAAAGAUGAAGAGAUGGACAGGCAGGUCCUGCUGGCCGAGCAGCGACGAGAGGAGGAAAGACUUCAGCAGGAAGAACAACAGAGAGAAAAGAUGGAAAAGAUCAAAGCUGUGGAGGAGCGAGCCAAGAGGCGGAAGAUGCGAGAGGAAAAGGCCUGGUUGCUGUCUCAAGGGAAAGAGCUGCCACCCGAACUCCUGAAUCUAGAACCCUCUUCACCUGUCCACAGGACACGCAGGAAUAAGGAAUUCUAUGAAAUUGAUGACGACUACACUGCUCUAUUCAAAGUGCUUGAGGCCUUGAAAGGCCAUAAAGACGCUUGGCCUUUCUUGGAACCUGUAGAUGACUCCUAUGCCCCCAAUUACCAUGAAAUCAUCAAGACUCCCAUGGACCUGUCCACCAUUGAAAAGAAGCUCAAUGAUGGGGAGUACAUUGCUAAGGAGGAGUUUGUUGCUGAUGUGAAGCUCAUGUUUGAAAACUGUGUUGAGUACAAUGGAGAAGACAGUGAAUACACUAUCAUGGCAGAGUCCCUAGAACGGUGUUUUAGCCGGGCCUUAUUGAAACACUUUCCAUCAGAGGAUGGCGACACAGAUGAGGAAUUCCACAUCAACAGGGAAGAAAAGGAGCGCAAGGACAAAAAGCGCAAUCGUAACAGUAAACAUUUGGGACCUGAAAGUCUAAUCAAGGCCACUGAGCAAGUCCAACGUAAGCGAAACUCCCAGGGAGGCCAGUGCAGCACACUCUCAGAGGAAGAGAACAGUAAACCAAAAAGACCACGUCUUCCUCCUCACUGGACCAAUGGCCCUCCUCACCCACACAGUCUACCCCCAAGCCAGCUGCCUAACCCUGAAGGAGAUAUGAGGGGCAUGUACCACCCAAGGCAACAGCUUCAUCGUCCACCUGGUCCUGUUGGUCCUCAUGGUCCACACAUGUAUGCCCAAAGAAUGGCCAUGGAUCCCCGCUUUGCUUACCCAGCUCACAUUCCCAGGCAUGGAGAUCCCAGAUUGAACAACUUGCCCCCCAGCUUUAACAUGCAGCAUCGGAUGAUUGAAGGACAUCACAUGGGUCCUCGGUAUCCAGUGGGCCCAGAUUCUGUCCAGCAGCAGCACCCCUAUAUGGGUCCAACUCAUGGCCCGUCUCUGGGUCCACGUCCCAUGGCCCUUCAGCCUGGUCCUCCUCCGGAAGCCAGUAUGUAUCCAUCCCACCACCGUCCAGAGGGCCACAACAUGCACCCCAUGGCCAAUAGAUUUUCAGGGCCAGAAGGAUCACCUCAACACAACUAUGGAGGCUUGAGGCCUCCUGGUAUGGGCCUACCCAACAUGUGGACUAGUAUGAAUCAUCAGGAGAGAUCUAAUGGGAUGCGCAUGCAAGAUCCCAACAUGGUGAACCAACGCAACUUUAGUUACGGUGGAGUCCCCCCUCCAGUGGGACAUAAACCAUGGCCCGAAGCUGCUGGGUACCCCCACCCUCCUCCCAAUGCCCAGUAUCAAAUGUCUGCAGCAGUCAGCUCCCCAGCGACCAUGUCCACUCGUCCCCCUGUUCCCCAUCCAGACUCCUCUGGCAGAACAUGCUUGGCUUCCAUGCUGGAAAGCCCAGAGAUGCUGGCCCUGCAGCAGCUGUCAGCCUCUUCUGGACCGCCUGCUGGUGCCCCUCAUCAGCACAUGGGCAACUUUCAGCAGCCUGGGCCCCCAUCAGGAAUUGGCAGCAUCCCAACUCACCCCUCUCAGCAGCCUCCCCCUGCCCCUGAGGUUCAGCUGCUGCAUCCUACUAGAGACAAUGGGCCAGACAGCCAGCCUUCCCAGCAGACAGACAUGCAGCCCAAAGAUGGAACAUCAGAGAAGGAAAUGGCUGCCAACAAACUUUCUGAUGAAGCGUCAUCACAUAAAAACAAUGCAUCAAUUGACCGAGAGCACCCAUCCAUUCCUAGCCCCACAGGACACCGGGCAGGGUCAACAGAGGGAAUAAAGAGCCCCCCAGCCCCUAACACAGGCAAAUCACAGGAGAAACUGUCUGGGCCAGGGCUCCCACAGAGUUCAGCAGAGAGCCACAAGCAGGAGGUAGAUGGCCAGACGCUAUCUGCCAGUCACAGUCCCCCUCAACACAUUAGUGCCACUACUGUUUCGACCCAUCUCAACACAAGUGGCAACAGCUCCACUGACCUCCCAGCUCUAUCCAAAGUCCCUCAGCACACAGAAAACAGUCCACAGCAAAAAACACCGAGCCCUGCACUCAUUCACCAGAACAUGCAGCCGCUGCAUGUGACAGCAUCUCAUUACUCCACACAGCAAAUGUCAGAGAACAACUUGGCACACAUGCAGAAUGGUCAUCAGCGGAACAUCCAAAAAGAGCAGCAAACUCAGUCAACCCCGAGUACACCUCCUCAAUGCAACCCUCAGAGCUCUCCCCAGCAGAUGAACCAGAACAGACAGCCACACGAUUCUCUGCUAACUCCUCGUCAUGUCCCUCAAAACACAUCUCCACAACCUCCUACACAAAACAGUCCAGCCCAGCCUGCACCCCUUCAGCCAGCCCCUCUCACCUCAUUACCACCCAGUCAUCCUACUCCACGAUUACCUUCCCAGCCUAGUCCAGCAGACCAUGGAGAUCAAAGACCUAGUGAGCCUACAGGUAGACCAGACACAGAAAGCACUUUCAUUCCUCCACAGCACACCAUAUUGAAAUCUGGGCCUGUAAAUGGAAUUUAUAAACACCAGCCUUUUAGCCCCAAUCAUCAUCAAACCAUGCUGGUGGGUAGUAACCAAGGUAUGCAGGCUCAGAGAGAGUCAGCACCAGCACAACAUCCAGUCAUACAUCCACAUUCCCAGGGCCAGACAAAUGGAGCCAUGGGAUCGUUUCGCAUGGGAAACCAUCCACACUUCAGCCAGACAAACAUAACCAGAGCCAUGCCUCCAUCUGCUCAUCACACUUAUCACAACCAGCCCAUUAAUCCCCUCCACAAUCCUGCUCAUCACCCCACCUACCACCAGCAGGGAGGGAAUGCCUACACCUACCGCAUGCCACGUCAACAACACCCUCAGGCCCACCCCAACAUGUACCCACCUCAUGAGUACCAGCAGCAACACUACUACCCUCAACUCCAUCCCCAAGCUCAGCCCCAUAACCAGGCCAACAGCAGAGGGAGCUAUCCUGCAGAGGAGUGGCAUCCAUCUCAUUAUCAGCCUCGCCAGCCGAUGCCACCCAAUGCCUACCUACCGGUAGCUAGUGCUAGAGGCAGCAGUCAGUUAAAGGAGAACAGUGCGUCGCCACUGGGCUCUGAGAGCUCCAGUGUUGCUAGUUUGGUGUCCCCUGGCCCUGUGUCUGAAGUAGGGCCACACCCUGGAGGCUUAGAGGAGGGCAAGUGUGAAAACAGGGAGCAGGCAAGUGGAGGCAGCAGCAGGGGUGGCAGCCCAGCAAAGCAGGCUCAUACAGAGAGCUCAGAGCGCCCUGAGAGCCCAAAAGAAAUCCUGGACCUCGACAGUCACAAUGCUGCCGCCCGUCACCAUAGCACCCAGCCACCUCAACAACACCCUCCUGCCUCUGCUGUACAUGUGAUGUCUGGCUUCAUGUAUGACCCUCGUGCCGUCCAUCCUGGGAUGCAGCAAGGCGGUGUUCCUCCACCCCAUAUGAUGUCUCAGGCCCAUGGAGGUGGCAGCGGACCACCUUACCCUGGCCAGCCAUACCCUGAUGCAGGACGCUAUGCUGCCCAAAGGCCUCAUCCGCACCUGAUGGAGGCUCUGCAGCGGCCCCAACAGCUUCCUUACUCCCCAGGUCAGACACGCAUGGCAAUGUACAGACACCCCCGGCCUGCAGGGCACUUCCAGGGCAUGAUGAUUCAGCAAAGGGGCCUGGCACCAGAACACUUUCUACACCCAGGGCAGCAGAUGAUGGCUGCUCCAGGUGGUCCUGGCAAUAAACAAGGAGUGUGACCAUUACCAUAUCAAAACAUAUUAUUAUCAAGGAACAUCUGGACAAAGCACUGAGCCAGCAGGAAGAAUGCUGACUGGGUUGACAGAGACUGUUUAAGAGACGCUUUGCACCACAUACAUCUCUUACUGAUUUUCCUACACUGGACAAAAUCUUUUGGCUCUGUUUAGCUCACCACUGGACUUGAACAUCCAACCAGGCAGCUGGUAUUACUAAGAUAAUAAAUGUGAAAUGUUAUUGAGCCCUGGAGAACGAUUCUCUUUCCACUUGCCCUUUUACAAAUGGAGCUCAGGGUCACUUACAGAACAGCUCUGUGGAACCGGUAUUGAUUCAGAACUUGCUCGAGGACACUUCAGCGGAGUUGGUUGCUUCCCAAUGGGGAACAUUUGAACAAGGGUCCUCCAGCAGAAGAGCGACGUGUUUUACCACUAGACCAACCUGUUAAACACAGGGGACACUGCGUUAAAGAACACUGGACAGCCCUCUCUGCUUUAAUCCAUUAAAAUAUGAAUGGGUGAAAUGCCACUGAACUCAGCCUCUUGUCCUGUGGUGCACAAUAGAGCUACUGCAGAACUGAAGAGGACUGAGAUGAAGACAAGAGUGACUGUUGAUUUUACUGCUAUUUUCUCUUCCAACCAUAUCUUUAAACUCAGGUGUAGAAAAGGAGGUACUAUGAGACUGUCACCCUAACCCAGUCACAGGUCCCUUGCAAUUGCCUUGGUUUCCUUUGUGAAUGUAUGAGUGAAUGUGUUGACGAUAAACUGUGUGCAGCAGAUUAGCUGCAUGUGAAAGGACACGAACAUUGAUAUUUGAUAUUUGAGUAUAAACCAUCCUGAAAAAGUCCACUUACUGUCCAUUUCCACCCCAACUCUUACAGUGUUUCUCUGUUUGUGGAGUAAACACACUUUAUAUGCAUCUAUCAAAGCGCUGCCUUCAUUGUUAAGAAUGUCUUUGAUUAGCAGAGAGGGACUGGCAAAGAUGGCGCAAUUGGUAUCUACCCUUUGAAAUGCACUAUAUGGAUUUUGUUAGUCUAGACAUCCUCAAAUCCAGUGGCCUUUGAUAGUCUUAUUUUUGGUCAGACACAUAUAUGUAUGAAAAUAUAUCCUUACCUCUUGUCCCAGAUGAGGGAUUUUUAAAAUUGUCAGAGAGUAACAUGUCCCUCUAGCUGGUAUAUGCACAUACACAGAACAAACACACAUGGAAUCCUCCCGUUGUUUGACAUUUGUUGCAUUCCACUUCCAAAUUGUAGCGUUAGUUCUUUGUACUUUCACAGCUCUUUGCAUGGUUGUUUCUUUAAGUGCUUCCUCUUUCCCAUGUCAAUACUAAACGUAUCCUCAGGGUGUACAGUUCCUAUAUACGGGUAUUUUUCUGCGUUAUUUGAAGGAGCAGCAGCAUUAGGAAAAUGGGACUGCAACUGUGGCCAAUCAGUCCACCUCAUGUGAAGAACUUUUAAGAGUCUGUAUUCAUUGUCCAUAACAAUAUUUGGUUGGCUGAGCACACUGCCAAGCUAUUUGACUUUAUUCCCCCCCUCAAAAAAAAUCCUGUUCUUAUUUUUGUCAGAGUUUAUUAGAAGUGAGAUGGAUCAUCAUUUGUGUUCUUCUACAUUCCCAUUGAUCUGAUGAAACUGUUUGUCAUCACAAUUAAGAUCACAAUCUACCUCAGCUAGCCAGUCUGUGGCAUCUACAUGGUCCGACCGCUCCUUUUCCUCCUCUGCCAGCCACUCGUAGGUCAACAUUUUGUGAGCAACGUGUGAUUUCAGCCUUUUAGGUUUUAGGCUUACAGAACUGAUAAUGAAAUGGCCUUACAAUACCUUACCAUAUUGACAGAAAUCCUGUCAAAGAAAAGCAAUCUUUCAGCGUACACUACGGUUUUAAUGGGACAGUGCUUUCAUUCUUACUUAAUUCUAAUGCCAUCAUUGGAGUACAAGGAAGAUAUUACAUCAUAUGUCUGAAACAGGACUCUGUAAAUUGGUCUGUUUGGUUGUACAGUUUGCAUGCCUUCCUGCCUACACGUUCUUGAAAGUAGACAGUAGGCAGUGUUCCAGCCAAGGGUCGGUUAUGGGCCGCGUAAAAUUUGGCGGCAUUAUGGCAGAGUUCCUUAGCAGUAGGUACCUUGUAAGGAAAUAUUCAAGGAAGGGUGAUGGAAUAGGAAAGUGCUAGAAGCUGUGAGACAGUUUCUAAAUGUGUCACACAAGACUUCUCACAGAUGACUCAUUAUUUUGGUAAAAUAGGGAAUUGUUUUAAUAUUUAGUGGGCCUAAUAGGGCCACUUUGGAGGUAGUUUGUUCCUGUGCUGUCUAAUGUAUGAAGGACAGUGUUAAUUUUAAAAGUCUGUGAGGUUGUGAUAACGGUCUUAUGGUGUACAGAUGGUGUGCGCGUGUAUGUGUGUAUGGAUGUGUAUGUGUAUCUGGUGUGUAGAAUCUGCACCAGAUGAUCGGAUGUGUGCAUUCAACUCUCACUUUCCUCUCUGCUGUCAUGUCUGCACUAGUGAAAACCAUUUAGAUGUGAUUAAAUGUGAAUCAUAUUUAUUUGCUCUUUAUGAAUUUUUGUACAUUUUUGAACUUGUUUUAAUAUAAAUGUGGUGUACGUUUCCUUUUUUCUCAGUGUUUUUGUUGUUUUUAAGCAGUUGUCUUUUUACCUCAGUAGCAUGGUGGUAUUGGAAAAAAAAGACAUUUCAUUUUUAAGUGAGGUUUACAAGUUCUUAUCUGAUCGACAGAUUAUUUUGGAAAUGGAUUGGAGUAUUUUCUACACUGUACAUUUCUUAGAAAUAAAUAACUUUUCUUGAAA